UCCGAUAUACUUGACAACUCCUUCCUCAAUAUCGCCGUUUAAUAGCCGAUAAUGAUACCAUAAUCGUGUAACCUCAAACCGAUACAUCGCGGUAAGUAUAUUAUAUAUACAAGGCUGGAAUGCACAAAGAAAGAACUCCCCGUUCAUCAAAGCAGGCACAUGGAUGUCAAAGCCCUUUGAUUUUAUGCGGUAUUUAGGAUCAAAGGGAACGCCAAGGUUCUACAUCUCGGAAUCACAGCUGUGUCAUGGUUCUCCGAGCUACACUCCAGCUACCUCUAUCUCGCAACGGAAUCUUACGCUUUAAGCUCUACAGCCCAGCCUACUUAUCCUUACCCGCUAGAAACGAACAUCAAAAUGGCUUCAACUCAAACAAUCCAAGUCCCCCACCUCGACGCCACCGUCGGCUUCGAACUGUCCAACGGAAAACUGGACCCCGCGAAACCCACCCUCGUCCUCAUCGUCCCGUUCUGUGCUACGGUCGAGUAUUACCGCGCGCAGCUCGAUAGCCCGAAGCUGACGGAGAAGAUUAACCUCCUGGCUGUUGAACUCCUUGGCCAUGGCGCGACGACUUGUGCUUCGGAGCAUUUCACGUAUUGGGACUCUGCGCUGGUGACGCUACAGGCUAUGCAGGGGUUGGGGGUUAGUAAGGCGUAUGCGCUGGGCUUGAGUCAGGGGGGUUGGGUGGUGGCGAGGAUGGCGCUUUUGGCGCCGGAGAGGAUUUUGGGGAUUCUUGCUAUGGCUACGUCGAUGGAUUCCGAGUCUGCCGAUUCGCGCACGAAGGGGUGCUGGGACCCGGCUCCGUUUGCCUCGCCUUUCCUUCAGAAAUGGAGCAGCUCUACGCCAAAUCCGGAUUUCGUCGUUGGCGAUGAUUGGAUCCAGCCCGUGCUUGGACUCGGGCUCGGGUCUGCCUCUACACCCGCCGCUGUUGAAUACUGGUCCGAAUCGAUACGAAAAGUUUACUCGGGUGAUCAGGGGCGUCGGAGGUUGAGGAUGGCUACUCUUAACUUGGCGGAGAGGGAUGGGCUGCUUUUUAGGAUCGGGGAUAUUAAGUGCCCUGUUCACUGGUAUCAGGGAACGGAGGACCCAAUCUAUGGCACAAUCGUCCCGCAAGAGCAUAUCAAACUUUUUACUGGUUCAAGCGAGGCCAAGCUCAAUUUCAUUGAAGGCGGUGUUCACUUUUUGAGUGUAUCGCAUCCCAAGGAAGUCGAGGAGGCGAUAUUCGAGAUGGUGCACUAGGUUAAACCCUUGAAACUAGAAGACUACCUAGUAUAUUAA